ACUAACCGCAUUGGUCAGGUGAAAUACGAAUUGUAUGUGUUUCUAAGCAACGAAAUUGUAUACAAUUGGAACUACACGGAAUUUCUGUGGAAAGGUAAUCAGAAAUUUCAUCGACAGUAAACAAAGGGUGAGGCCACAUUUCACAUCGCAAUGUUUUUGAAUAAGAGUUUCGAUAAGAAAACGGGCAUUUAUCGUACCAAAGAUAACAUUGAUAGCUUUCGAUUCAGAAUUACACUGAAAACGUUGCAUUCGUUUGUAAAAGUGCCAAAAUUUAAUGCAGAACAAUUGAACGAUGCCGAAGAUUUGGACGAGAUAGAAUUUUACAACUUUCAGUGGCAACAGAAAGUGUUCAGCUCGGCGGAGAUAAAGUUGUACAGCGAUUUGGAGAAUUGUAAGAAUGACCGAACCAAAGAGUAUCACAAACGAAUCACCGAAGUUAAUCGAUAUUUGGAUGAAAAUGGUGCCGUAUGCUAUACGGGCAAAAUAUUUAGCUAUAUCAAUGAGGAUAACUAUCACGAACGCGAUUCUGAGCGAAACGAAUUGGCUGAAUGUAUUGAACGGUAUGGACAAUGGGAGAAUAACAGCGAAUUUGUGGGUGAUUUUUUCCCAGAGGAUGCAAAUGUCGAUGAAAUUCAGCGUGCCCGCUUCAAAAACCUUGGCCAAUUCGAAUGCAUGUACAUAAUGGCCGAUUUGAAGAAAGAAAUUUUAUUAUUCUCCAUAAAAUAUCGAUCUAGCGAUGGUCUACUACUAAUUUAUCCCGAUUUAAAUAACAUUGACGCAAAUCCGUAUCUCAAAGAGAUCGUCUUCGACAGUCGAAAUCUGUAUCAAUUUGCCAUGGAAAAUUUAUCAAUGGAUUGCCAGAAUGAAGUCGUUCAGUUGAAAAAUGACAUUGAGUUGCUGGCGAAUAAAUUAUCGGAUUUAUUUAUUAAAACGCCACUAUUAUUCGAUGUGCCGGAGAAACAGUAUGCGACCGUGUGCCUGUAUUUCGAGAUUCAGAUGGCGGAAAACUUUGAGUAUGAUGCCAUUCACAUAAAAUAUGAGAUUCAUUUGCCCGAUGAUUGCCAAACUAUUGACGGAAUGUCACAAUUAAAGGGAUGCACACAUUCAUCGCGUCGCGAUGCAAUUGAUGGUUGCUGGUUGAUUGGCUACUGUCACGAGUUGACACUAUCGUGUCGACUCGAUUGCCUACGUAAAGAAACAAUAAAAAUCGCGUAUGAAGUCAUUUCAAUCGAUAGCUGGAGUCGUGAACGAAGUGAAGGCUAUGCCGUGUAUAGUGUACCGUUGUUGGCUGGUAGUUUUGUUGAAAAAAUCGAUUGCUAUCGUGAUUUAGGUGACAAUACCUGGUUGAAUUGGAUUGAACGGUAUUUCAUUGGAGGUCGACGAAAAGUUCAAAUUAACAAUUUCCACGGCAUUACCGCAAACAACACUAAAAAUGCAUUGAAUCGAUACGGUAACUGUACACAAUCCACCGGUCAAUUAAGUAUUAGGCGGAAUGUUGUGAUUCAACGGAAUAUUGAUGAAAUCGAUGGUGGCAAUUUCGAAAGGAACCAAAGUGUGCGUAGGAGUCAAAAACUUCCGACAAUCAGUAGCGUAUUGCUGGCCUAUCAUCGAGCUCGAGAAAAACUGGAAUCCAUAGCUGACAUAAAUGACUUUUAACCAUCGUCGCUCGCCAUAAAGAUUAUUAAUUUUUUUUCUGUGCUUUUCAAAUUGGUAUUGGUCAAAUGUGCAGUUUUUUUUGUGUGUAAAUAAAAAAGUAUAUUCAACAAA